UUGUGUUCUAAAGAUGAUCAAAAGUCUUAUGGGGUAGGAACGACACAAGGGUGAGUAAAUAAUGGCAGAAUUUUCAAUUUUGGGUGAACUAACCCUUUAAUGCAUGCAUGCAAAGUUAAAACCUGAUCAAAACGGUAAUCUAUUUUAAUGCCAGAAGUUCAAAUAAGAGAGCAAAUGUCAGUAUCAGAAUUGGUCAAUAGUUGUUUGUUAAAAUCGGUAUCAUAUCGGCCAAAAAAAAAAAACUCCUAUCGGUGCGUCCCUAUUAAAAAUAUCUUCGUGUUCCAAAGAUGAACUAAGUCUAAAGGGUUUUGGACACACUUUACCAAUUUGCUUAUUGUUCUUUACCAUGUAAUUGAGUCUGAAGCAGUCAAGAAAGCAAGUCAUACAAGUUUAGAGCUUUAGCAUGUUGAGUACAUGUUGAGUACGUUCUUCUCAUUUUUGUGUGAACCUAUACCUCUAAAACCAUGAUACUGCUGGAGGCAACUUGUAAUGCUUGACAGGGUACAAUUCAGAGAUGGAUUCGAAGUCUCGUCGGUUUCCGUUUGCUGUCUCCAGCUCUUCCUCGCUGUCAUCGCCCUCCUCCCUGUCCUCCUCAUCUUCGGCGCUCAGCGCGAGCCGGCUCUAUGGCAGAGGGAGCGUCUUGGGAAGGGAUCGCUAUAGCAGGGACUCUUCUGUCAAGCUAGACUCGGACUAUCAGAGCUCCCGUCUGCUGAGCUCGCCAAGAGGUUACAGUUCAACUGAAAGCCGUCACUCCAACUGGAAGCUCUCUACUCCUGUCUCCCUUUCCUCUUCUUCCUCUUCAUCAUCUUCCUGUGAUCGAUCAUGGACAGAAUCCACCAGUGGGGAAAGAGGCAGACUUGUAAAUAUUACAGACUCUGAGAGAAGACUGGGAACCUACUGUGGACUUCUUGGCACAUCCCAAGACAGCGAGUCUAAAAGAGCAAAACUUUCUUACACAAAUAGAGCAGGAUAUUCCAGAUCCCCAUCCACAUCUAAACCUGCCAACUCCUACUCUUCUUUAGGAAAUUCUUCAUGGAAAACAACCAUUAGUCCUUUGUCUAGAUCAUCCUCCUCAUCCUCGUCCACUCCAUCAGAGGGUCCUUGGGCCCGCAGGGAUUUGGAUAAGAGGGGGGAUUCAGGACUGACCUCACUGGGGGAGUCUAGUUACCGGUCUAGUGGACUGACAUCUUCACUGUACCGUUCAGAGCGUGUUACAUCCACCUAUGCACAAGGUGCUCGACCCAAAGAGAGCCAGUACUCAUCCCACAGAGAGAACAGUUCAUCUAGUCGCCGUAUCCCAACCGAGUACCUCCCCUCUCCUCUGGAGCGCAGCUCCCACAGGCCGACCACAGAUUACCAGUCCGGUCCGUUCUCUCGCGAUACACCCCGCUCCAGCUCUAGCUCCACCAGAACCUCCACCUCUGUGUCGGACCCAUCCCACCUCUCAUCCUGGAGCUCCACCCCUUACACACCCCUUACUGGCUGUAGCUCCAGCCCACCUUCAUCUAGCCCCGCCCCCACUCCACCUCCUGCUCAGAAUGGCGGCGACUCGGAUGGCAGGCGAACAACCAGGCGCCUGCUAUCACGACUUUUCUCCCGACGCUCCAGUCAGGAGUCAAACUCCACCGCCAGCUCUGCCUCUGAUUCAAGGUCAUUUGACUCAAGCCCAGAUGAAGCCCUGCCCUCUGAAGCCCCUCCUCCAGUCAGUAGAGAAAAUUUGGAAGCGGAGCUGAGGAAUUCGGAUCCCGUUCAGGCAUUUUCGUUCUUGCGCAGACGUGGACCAUCUCUCGCUCCCGUCCAGGAGAGUGCUGAUGUAGAGCCGGAACAGGAAUCACUCAGGCCUCAAGCAGGUCUGUCCUGGCUGAACUGGAACCGCUGUACCCCACUGUUCUCUCGCCGCAGGAGGGAAGGGCGUGACGAAAGCGCCCGCAUGGGCCCUCAUCGUUCACCCCAAUUCCCUGACCGAGAUGGCCGCAAAACGCCUGACCAGGGCACGCGUUGUGAAGAUGAUGACGAUGAUGAAGAUGAGUCCUCAGAGGGCGCUACAGCAGCACCCUCUGCUGGGGCCUCGGGUCUUUCUGCGUCGAUACUGCAGGACGGAGCCCGUCUGGCGGGACGGAGCCAUGGCAUCGGCAGGGUGAUGACCAGCCCGCUCUUCCGUAUGCCUGAGAAUGUAAUAAUUGGUGUGGGGGUAGGAGCCGAGGGGAGGAGUCAAACUGAGGAGCAGGCAAAAGACAAGCCCGCCCCCUCCAGAGACCCAGAGAGACUCCGAAAGAUUCAGGAGAGCCUUCUGUUGGAGGAUUCUGAUGAGGACGAGGGUGAUCUGUGCCGAAUCUGUCAGAUGGGGGAUCAGUCGAGUUCCAACCCUCUGAUCGAGCCCUGCAAGUGCACCGGCAGCCUGCAGUAUGUGCACCAGGACUGCAUUAAGAAAUGGCUCCGCUCCAAAAUCAGCUCUGGUUCUAACUUGGAGGCCAUUACUACCUGUGAACUUUGUAAGGAAAAACUGCACCUAAACAUUGAGAACUUUGACAUCAAUGAGCUCUACAGAUCUCAUGAAAGGUCGGAGUAUGAGUUCAUCAGCUGUGGGCUGUACCUGGUGGUGCUCCUGCACCUGUGUGAGCAGAGGUUUUCUGAUGUCCUGGGUGCAGUCAAUGAUGCCGGGUUUUUCAACUUGGCGAGAACUCUACAUGAACACAUGGACAAUCUUGAAAGUUCAUAUGCAGAAUCUGAUGAAGAUGAGGUGGAGGACAGCAGACCAUCCAUCGACUUCUGUGACUUGGAGGAUGAUGAGGAAGAGGAGGAGGUUUAAUCGGUUGGCAGGGAGGAAGGAGGCGUGGCUUAGCAGUUCGUCUCAGUCUUCUCCCACUUGAUGUUUUCGACCCGUCUCCUCCUGUUUGAAGUGACUUUAGCCAACGUCUGAUUGGCAGCAUAACCACUGUCCCUAGCCUAUCACAAGGCUUUCAUAAUAUGCAGAUAAAUCAAGUUUAUGGGAGCUGUAUGGAUUCUUUUAUGAUUUUUUUUUUUUUUUUUUCUGUUUUGCAUCAGGUUGGUGAGCACUCUAAAGUUUUAUUAAGUUAAAAAAAAAAAAAAAAUGUCCGGUGAACUGUUGACCACCAUGAGUGCUUUAAAUGACUAUGCUUAGAAGCUGGUUUGGGGAAAGAGAGGAUCUUGGAAGAUUCGUGCUCUUAAACUGGUGUUGAACGUUCAUCUGCUCAUUUAUACAGUAGGGCUGCUUGAAAAGGACAUGAUGUUUGGUUUCAAUAUCUUGAUUUUUAAAAAAAUAAAUAAGACCCUUAAUUUCCUGUUUUUUUUUUUUUUUUUUUUUUUUUUUUGUUUUUAUGUUAUUAAUACACUUGUUUACUUAUUUGAGAAUGGGUGAGUGAGAAAAUGUGGUCACUUUUCUUUCAAGAAUUUCUUUACAAAGGACCUUUUCCACAGUCUGUUUGUAUGUUGUACAUUAAAACAAUGUAAUUCGCUUGAAUUAUUACAAUAAAAUGGAGGUAUUGUGAUGCCUCACAAAAA